GUUUCAGAAGGAAGGCUUUUAGUGACUGGUCCUGAAGAUAAGACCUUGUUCAUUCCAAACUAUACACCUCACAGUGGAAUUCAGGCCAGCUAGAUGAUAUGGCAUUCAUCACUCUAAACUUUAGUAAAGUAAAUGAGGUGAUAACAGCAGAUGAGAAGCUUUUGAUUGCUAAAUACUUCCUUUUGGUUUACAUGUAAAUUAGGUAUUGGAAAAUCUUUUCCCAGGGCUUUUGACCGGACAUUGUGAAUAGCAUGGUUUCUCUUCUUUAUUUUACAGGUAGCCAUGUGGAUCCAAAUUCAUUGGUAAUCUGAAUUAUGGUGCAACUUGUGCACAUUUGAUAUUCAAUAGGUGCGCAAAUGGGUGUGACUUGCACAAUGAGAAGGCAGAUGUGUAGCAGGGAGAGUAAUGAAUAGGAAGGUUGCUUUCCAUAGGUGUCAAGAAAAGAUCCAUGUAUACUUCCAUUCUUUCCUUCACCAUCUUCUUUUGAUCUUUCAGAAAUUUUAGGCAACAUUUUUUAGUGAGGUUGUUCCCCUAAAUGAUUGCUCUAAUUAAUUUCACUCCAGCACCAUUAAGAUGGUGUAUAUUCAGAGGAGUUCAGUUCUUGAGAGAGGACUGCUGAUACAGCUAAUUCAGCUCCGGGAUACAUGUAGGUUGGGGUGAAGUGCACCAGCAAUCCUCACUGAAUGAGCCAGGACCUCUACUGAGGAGCUCCAAAAAACAGCCUCAUCCAGCCUGAAGGAGAGAUCCCUCCAACGAGGGUGUUUUUUAUGGGACAAAGGAGGAUUAAGAGAAAAAUUGAGGUGAGAUCCCAUGGGCCUAUUCUGCCUUCCACUUGGUUUAAUUAAAUCACUGACUAAUUUGAUCCUCUGUUUAAUUUGAUUGAACCCUUCAGGCUCCAGACUGCUUGUAUUAAAAAUAAUACAACUUCUACUCUUUAUUUUGAUAAGUUGUGAUCAUUUUAAGGAGGUAUUAUGGGGCACUGCAGUAACUGGGUAGUCACCCAAUGAGUCAGGAACAGGCAACAUUCUGAAUGCCUCAGAAGAGAAGCUAAGGAUCUAGGGGAAAUAAUUUCACAGGUAGCUUGCUGAAUGGCCAUUAUUACCCACCCCAUGUGCUUUGCAGGCUGCGAUAUACACACAGAGGACAGUUGUGCAUUUCAAUCAAAGUGAUAGGAAUGGUCUUGCUCAAAGGGAAUGAAGGUUGUGUGGUCCAAAUUUUCAAAUUUGAGCCUCUAUAGGUAGAUGUUCAGGGUACCUAACGUCAGAUGCCCACAUUGAAAAAUUUAGCUCUUAUAUCGUUAAAACAAUGACAAAGAAGGAAUAAGAUUAUUUUGACAUGCCUGUAUUACAACUGUCCAAAUAAUCAUUUAGCAACCUUGAGCUCCAGAGCCAGGAAAGUAAUCAGUAGGAAUCCCUCACCAUUAGUCUUUGACAUGACAUCAGCCAGUGGAGUGAAUAAACACUAGAGGGUUGAUAAGAGAGUCUAGUUAAAAACCUCUUACAAGUCAGAAUAUUGAAGAUGAAUCAGACCUUCACUGCUGGCACCAAGGUUUCUGUAUAGUGCCAACAAUAUGCCUAAGCAGGUAGAAGUGCGAAUGCAUGAAAGCCACCUGAGCCCUGUGGAGCCAAGGCCCAAGAAUGUAUGCCUGCGGUUCUGCCAAUCACUCAGAAAAAACCUGCUCCUGUCUCUUACUGUAUUUGGUGUCAUCAUGGGUGCAUUGUGUGGGGGUCUUCUUCGCCUGGCAACUCCUAUUGAUCCUGACAUCAUCAUGUUAAUAGCCUUCCCAGGAGAUAUCCUUAUGAGGAUGUUAAAAAUGUUGAUCCUACCUUUAAUUAUAUCCAGUUUAAUCACAGGACUGUCAGGUUUGGAUGCUAAAGCUAGUGGCCGAUUGGGCACAAGAGCCAUGGUCUAUUACAUGUCCACUACUAUCAUUGCUGCUGUGCUAGGGGUGAUUCUGGUUUUAGCCAUUCACCCAGGAAAUCCAAAACUCAAGAAGCAGCUGGGAGAAGGAAAGAAAAAUGAUGAAGUAUCCAGUUUGGAUGCUUUCUUGGAUCUCAUCCGGAACCUGUUCCCUGAAAAUCUAGUCCAAGCAUGCUUCCAGCAGAUCCAAACUGUCACUAAGAAAGUGCUGGUGCCCCCACAAACUGAAGAACCACCUAACGUCACUGACUCUGUCUUUGCUCUGAUGAACGAGACGAUGACCGAAGCACCACCAGAAGCCCAGCUGGUCAUUAAAAAGGGGCUGGAGUUUAAAGAUGGAAUGAAUGUCUUAGGCCUGAUAGGGUUCUUCAUUGCUUUUGGCGUUGCUAUGGGGAAGAUGGGAGAGCAGGCCAAAAUGAUGGUGGAUUUCUUCAGCAUCCUGAAUGAGAUUGUAAUGAAACUAGUGACUAUGAUCAUGUGGUACUCUCCUUUUGGCAUUGCCUGUCUUAUUUGUGGGAAAAUCAUUGCAAUUAAGGACUUAGAAGUGGUUGCUAGGCAACUUGGAAUGUACAUGGUAACGGUGAUCGUGGGCCUUCUCAUCCACGGUGGGAUCUUCUUGCCUUCACUGUACUUUGUGAUAACAAGGAAAAGCCCCUUCACAUUCCUUGCUGGCAUUUUCCAGGCAUGGAUCACAGCUCUAGGCACAGCUUCCAGUGCUGGUACAUUACCUGUCACUUUCCGUUGUCUUGAAGAAAACUUGGGCAUUGAUAAGCGUGUAACAAGAUUUGUCCUGCCUGUUGGAGCAACAAUAAACAUGGAUGGGACGGCCCUUUAUGAAGCAGUUGCUGCCAUCUUCAUAGCACAGAUGAAUGGAAUUGUGUUGGAUGGUGGGCAGAUAGUCACUGUGAGUCUGACAGCCACCUUAGCAAGUGUUGGAGCUGCCAGUAUACCCAGUGCAGGACUGGUCACCAUGCUUCUCAUCCUCACUGCGGUGGGUCUCCCUACUCAGGACAUCAGUCUGCUUGUUGCUGUUGACUGGCUCUUAGACCGGAUGAGAACAUCAGUAAAUGUUGUAGGAGAUUCUUUUGGUGCUGGCAUUGUGUAUCACCUCUCCAAGACAGAGCUGGAAAACCUGGAUUCCCAGCAUAAGGGGCAUGAAGAUAUUGAAAUGACCAAGACUCAGUCAAUUUAUGAUGACAUGAAAAAUCAUAGGGAAAACAACUCAAACCAAUGUGUUUAUGCAGCUCACAACUCUGUCAUAGUAGAUGAAUGCAAGGUGACACUGGCAACCAAUGGCAAAUCUGCAGACUUCACUGUUGUUGAGGAAGAGCCUUGGAAACGUGAAAAUUAAGGAAAGCGAGUCCCAUCUCCAUCUUUAAUAAGCCCCUGAAGCUAUCUUAUGGUAAAAGAUAUCAAGAUUAAAGAAUAUUUCUCUAUUUAUUUAACAUCUAAAGUUUCUGCUUAUUUAAUUUGUUAACCGAAACUUAGCAAAGAUCUCAUAAAGUCAUUGUAGCUACCGUGUUUUUGCCAAAUAGUGAUCCAUAACUAUCUGUCUCACUUGUACUGUUUGAAUGGAUGCAGCUGGAGAAUACUCUAUGAAUUAACAGUUAUGUUCUCACCAGCCUCUCUCUUUUGCUCAAGAGUCAGAAAAUGUAGAUGCUGCAAAAUGGAAAGAUCAAAAAGCCAGUAUGGCUUUCUCCAGGGACUCAGGGUAAUGAACAUAUAGUAUCAUAUAAACCUUAAAUUGUUCUCAGUGUCUCUUCUUGUGAUGUAUGUACAAAUCAGUACUGCAGUGUACCUUUGGUACAGUCAACAUUGUGUAACUACAUUAUUUAUUGUAAAUGUCUCUAAAGGUUUUCGAUAAGUUUUAUUGAUAAUUAGCAGCUGGCAUGGGGGACUAAGAAUUUUCAUCUUCCCAGGUACACUUUAAAUUAAGUGUCUCAAAUAAAUAUUUCAUUUAGGUUUUGGGGGCCAAAUUCACCCCAGGCAUAACUUUAUUAAAUUCAGUGGAGUAAAUACAAAGGGCCAGGUUCUGGGCCUUUCAGAUAGCACCAGAUUCUGAUGCUCUCUUCACAUGAAAUAGGACCUUACAGCCCAUUUAGUCCCUCUGAAACUAUUCAAGGAGAAUGAUGUUAUUCAACUUAAGGAAGGCACCAGAAUCUGUCCCCAAAUGAUUAUUGAACAUUCUUUUUGUUGAGGACGAGCAAUUAUAUGUAAUAGGGUGUUAAAAUGUAAUGGUGCUUAGCAUACGUUGGUUUGUUAACUAAGCUAAAUUAAAUGUAUAUUUAGGACACUUAAUUUGAAGUGAUAACUAUUUUUCUUCUCAAGUCCAUCUUAGAUUUGAGCCAAUGAGCUAAAUCCUGAAGUCAUUACCUGGUCAAAUUUUGCAUUGAAGUCAAUGGGAAUUUUGCCAGAGUUAGGACUGAGUGAAAAGUAAACCAGGACUUCAGGAUUCAGUCCAAUAAAUUGAAUCCCCAUCUCUCUAUUGUGAAGAAACAAUUUGUAUAAAUGUCUUUGAUGUCAGACAAGCAGUGAUUCUAGACCACAUGGCAUAGGAAUAAACAAGGCAGAGUUUUGUCGACACGGUAUAACUAAUGUAAGAUGUAGAGGUGCAAUAAUCAUUCUCUUAGGUUGUUUAAAAGGUGCUUGUUAAAAAUCAGAGCUUGUAAAGACAUAGGUGUACUCUAUUAUGAAAUUAAUAAUGUUUUACAGCAAAUCUGAGCCAGGUAGCUGAGGGAAACUCUGCCCUCUGAACAAACCUUCUGUGAUGUGAGUGUUUCUUAAACUGUUCUCUGAGCUGUCCAGCCUAUGAGCUUAUAAUGAACCUACCUAAAAGGUGAGAUGGGAAAUGAAGCACAUAUGCUUCUCUCUGUCCAUGCACAGUGCAGUGCUGCCAUUGACGUAAAUUGGAAUAACAUGUGUGAAUGUAGUGUUUAAACAAUAAUUCAGUCUAGUUUUGCUAAUUUGUAUUGUGUUAGCUAUUCCAAUGAAGUCACUAUGGGCCCCUGCUAGUAAGGACUACUCACCUUUUUAAUGGUUUGCAGAAUCAAACCUAGAGUCAACAUAUUCACCAUUCAAAUAUUUGUAGCUGUGCAGUAUUUUCCUUGGGAACAUUAGUGCUCUUUUGACAUCCCCUUGCUGCCUCACUAACUGAAAAGUCCUAAAGAAUUUAAUAGCUAUUAAACUACUGUGAGUUCUAUAGACAUUAUUCUGACAACCUAAAGAAUUUAAUAGAGAAUUAGUCCUUUUCUGUAGGUCUUUUGUACUGUUCUAUGGAAUUCUGUUCCAUCUUGUUCAACGUAUUUAGUGGAAUUGUGGGUACACAGAACUUCUCAGGAUCAGGGACUUAGUCUGGAUUUGAAGAAGAGUUCACUUCCCUGAUCCCCACAGAAAGAGAUCAAUUGCUCAAGACAGCUGUAACACUCUCUAAAAUGAACUCUAACACUUGGGCUGUUGGCUAACCUCACAUGAAAGUCACUGAGAGCUAAGUAGCAAUUGUAUAGGAUGACAUAUUUCCAAAAGACAAAACAGGACACCCCCAGCUGCUCACCUGUGGCCCCUUUCCCCCUAUGCAAGGCUGUUCCCCGUCGCAGGUACCCUGCAGGGACCCCCUCAGGAGGCUAUUUCCAAUUGCUGGAACCUUGCUGCCCUCCACCCCCCAUGCUGGAACACUCCCCCCCCACCCACCCACGGGGGGCUGGCAUCUCUGCUCGCCCCCUCUGCACCGCACCCUGCUUUUUUUGGACAAAAGUGGGUAUUUAUCCCAUUUGCUCUUGCCAACUGGUCAAGUCAGCAAGAGCAAACGGGAUAAAUGCCUCCUUUUUU